AUGCCCGCCAGGAACGGCCGGCAGGAGGAGGACUGGAGUUCGGGCCUGUUCGCCUGCUUCGACGACGCCGGCCUGUGCAUCUGGGGCCUGCUCUUCCCGGCGUGCCUCUACGCCGACAACGUGGCCUUCAUCUCGAAGCGCCAGAAACAGGGCGCGCCGCAGAGCGCGGGCACCGGCUGGUGCUGCCCCUGCCUGACGUACUGCCUGUGCUUCUACUGCUCCUGCUGCAUAGCCGGCCUGUACAGGAACGACCUGCGGAGGAAGUACAGGCUUAUGCAGGAGCCUUGCGGGGACUGCACCGUGCACCUGUGCUGCUCCCCGUGCGGCCUGUGCCAGGAGGCGCGAGAAAUCAAGUUUCAGGAAGCAUGGAGGAUGAAUGCAAUGAGCAACACAAGAAUAUAG